AUAAUACGAAACAAGGACUUAUUAAAUAACUUGGAAGAAUAUUAAUAGCAGCCCACUUCAGGUUGCAACCCAUAGCUUUAUCUCUCUCUCUCAAAUGGAAAAACAAAUCAACAUAGAGAGUAGUGUUUCUCAUCAUCAAGACAAUGUAACAACCUCCGCCGUAGCCGCUGCAACGUCUUCGUCGCAAUCUUGGUCAUCCUCCAAAAGAUCGUUAGAGCAAGACAAUGAACCUGGCCUAAAACGGCGGAAGAGCAACGGUGGAGAUGGUAACGAGACUCCUACGUCGUAUAGAGGAGUAAGGAAGAGGAGCUGGGGAAAAUGGGUGUCGGAGAUUAGAGAGCCAAAGAAGAAAUCAAGAAUAUGGCUUGGGACUUAUCCGACGGCUGAGAUGGCAGCUCGAGCUCAUGAUGUAGCGGCUUUAGCCAUUAAAGGCAGUUCUGGUUUUCUCAAUUUCCCUGAACUAUCCGGUUUGCUUCCUCGUCCGGUUAGCUGCUCUCCUAAGGAUAUACAAGCCGCAGCUGCCAAAGCCGCAGAAGCCACAUGGCAAGAACCGGUUAUCCAUGAGAAACUAGCCGAGGAGCUAAGCCAUUCUGAGUUGUCUACGGCUCAGUCUUCUACUUCCAGCGGUUUUGUGUUUUCUUCGGACACGUCCGAGACUUCGAGUACGGUCAAUGAGAGCAUCGAAGAGACGGUGUUUGAUUUGCCGGAUCUUUUCACAGGAGGGCUUAUCAACCAAAACGACGCCUUUCGUUACUACGACAGCACGUCCACGUGGCAGCUUUACGGAGAGGAUGGGGUGUUUCGGCUUGAAGAGCCGUUCAUUUGGCUAGAUGACUAGAGUUCCCUUAAUGCACUAUGGUUUUAAGUAAUUUUCACUACAUAUCUUUUUUUCUAUAUUUGAGUAUGUUAAUAACUACUUUGUGAACAAAAAUGAGCUCCUCUUGAAUAAUUGUCAGUGUUUCAAAAUUGAAGUAAUGUAACUGAAUUUAUUGUGUCAGUGGCAAAAACGUUAUUUAGCGUAAAAAUAACGAGAAGACAACGUUUGUUGAUAGUG